CAUCGCAUCUGUCAUCAAAGAAAAUGUGAAGUGAAGGCGAAACGCGUUUUAUUUUAUGGGAGCGGCGCGACUUUUUUGUACAGAAAACAUAAAGAACUAAUAAGAUUUAAAGGAAAAUUUUGCGUGCUUGUGUUGAUAGCUUAAAAAUACGUACAUGGAUAACGAAGAAGUAGUGCCGAUGAUGGAAUUUUCAUCGGAAAAAGUGAUCAACGAAGCGGAGGUUGAACCCGGCGAACAGCAAGAGGAACUAUCCCGCACUACGAUCCAGAAUGGAAAAACAUCGGAACUGGAGGAUGACCCUAUCCCUAUCUACGCAACGCUGGCAUUCAUCGUGGUUAUCAUCUUGAUUGGUGUCCCGAUGUGGUGGAAGACAACGGAAGUGUACCGGGUCCCAUUACCGUAUGCCGAAAUAGAUGCUUUAGGAGAAAACCCCAUCCGGGUUACCAUUCGCAUGGGACUGUUCGUAAAAUCUAAGGAACGUAGAGACAUCCUAUUGUUCGAGUUGAGGAAAAAGUUCGAGCAUAACUUUGUAUUUAAUCUUCAACUGGAGGACUUUUCGUUAGAUCCGUCCAUUGCCAGCUCGGCCAAAACUCCGGCAGCACUGGAGACAGCUAUCUUCAAGCGUUAUUCCUUGGGGAUUGGCGAUUUUGUACUAAUUGAGUGGGGCAAACUGGAAGAUGACGUGUUGGUUACAUCAGAACGAACGGCUUUCAUUUCUGAAAGUGCCACUUCAUUGAAAAUCUAUCAAGUGUUAUCAUCGUGGAUCUUACAGGAGUAUAAAUUAAAAGCUAUGCUUGGACCCAAAGAUAUGCAAACUAGUAAAGUUCGGCAACUGCGACUAAAUACAGCGCCUAUGCAACCAAACUAUGAUGUACUAAUUUCUGUGUUCAAUCCAAGGCCCGAUAAGCAGAAAAUUCACUGGAAUGUCCGGGCAGCAGCUGAAAAUUAUAUAGUUCCAUUCUUGACGGCCAUGUCAGCGAUUGCUAAUUUUACUGUAAAGACCCAGUGGGUGUACGAGGUGGACAUACUGCAAUUUCUACAGGAGCAGCUCCAGGACGACACGCAGCUGGGCAGGCAUUAUGCCGUUGCGGAACACUCUCUGCCGCAGAUUAUCACGUGGUUCGAAAAGAAGCUGGGUAAUCAAAUUACCGAUUAUCCAGGUAUUCAUUUGGUAGUCUAUGUUCCGGAAUGCGAGAUGGCUCCACUUCGGAUAUAUCGCAACGAUAAAGUGCGAGCCUCUGCCGAUAACGUGGAAGCGUUCACCUCUGCCAAAUGGGGUGGAAUCAUAUUCGCAAACCCAUCAGAAGAUUCCAUCAAGAAAUGCUUAGAGGAUCCCGAUAAUUCCGAAGUGUAUGUCAGCGCGCAGGACGUAAUGCCUGUAUUACUAUACCAGCUAAGAAAGAUUUUCGACCUGGAAAAUAAUAUUCCUCUCCUAGAUUGUAGUCUAGCUCCGUACAAUUCCAUUGAACCGCGGAUUUGGGAAGUGGAUACUUUCAUUCGUUCAAACACCAUCUACAGAAUCCAUUCGGCAACGCUAACGCUGCAAUCCCUUAUACAACUCCUCGGUGGUAUCGAGUAUAUCGUAAUUAAUGACGAAGUGGGAGCAGCUAUUAAGGAUGCCUAUGCUCGCAUCCUUCUGGCGAAACAGUACUUGUUGGAUAAUAAUUCAACGGAAGCAGCAGCUCAAGCUGAACUGGCUUAUGUCUCAGCUGAACGUGCCUUUUUCGAUCCGAGCAUGUUGGCGCUGCUGUAUUUUCCCAGUGAACAAAAAUACGCUAUUUAUAUUCCGCUUUUCCUACCCAUCAUGAUUCCGGUGAUAUUUUCGUUUGGUGCGAUCAGUAGGUAUUUGAAGAAACGUUUCGCGAAACGUGACAAAAAGAAGACUGAGUGAAGGAAGGCGUUUCUCUAGCUGUAGUAUUGAUUAUUUCCGUGUUUGAACACUCUUAUUUGAACAAGUUUAUUUGCAGAACAAAACUAUGUCUAAAUCCA